AUGGGCUUCGAAAGGUAAGACAAUACAAACAGACAGUAUAUAUUGUACAUAAUAUAGACUUAACAAACUAGGUUAUUAUUAUUAUUAUUAUUAUUAUUAUUAUUAUAUGCCAUACUAUUAUAGAGAUACUGUAGUAUACAUACAGUGCCUUCAGAAAGUAUUUUCACCCCUUGACUUUUUCCACAUUUUGUUGUGUUACAGCCUGAAUUUAAAAUGGAUUGUCACUAGCCUAUAAACAAUACCCCAUAAUGUAAAAGUUAAGUUGUGUUUUUAGACAUUUCUUGAGUCAACCCCUUUGUUAUGGCAAGCCUAAAUAUGAAUAAUGUAUGCACUCACUAACUGUAAGUCGCUCUGGAUAAGAGCGUCUGCUAAAUUACUCAAAUGUAAAAUGUAAAUAAGUUCAGGAAUAAAAAUGUGCGUAACAAGUCACAUAAUAAGUUGCAUGGACUCACUCUGUGUGCAAUAAUAGUGUUUAACAUGAUUUCUGAAUGACUACCUCAUAUCUGUACCCCACACAUACAAUUAUCUGUAAGGUCCCUCAGUCAAACAGUGAAUUUCAAACACAGAUUCAAUCACAAAGACCAGGGAGGUUUUCCAAUGCCUUGCAAAGAAGGGCAUCUAUUGGUAGAUGGGUAAAAAUAAAAAAAAGCAGACAUUGAAUAUCCCUUUGAGCAUGGUGAAGUUAUUAAUUACACUUUGGAUGGCGUAGCAAUACACCCAGUCACUGCAAAGAUACAGGCGUCCUUCCUAACUCAGUUGCUGGAGAGGAAGGAAACCGCUCAGGGAUUUCACCAUGAAGCCAAUGGUGACUUUAUAACCGUUAGAGUUUAAUGGCUGUGAUGGGAGAAGACUGAGAAUGGAUUAACAACAUUGUAUUUACUCCACAAUACUAACCUAAAUGUGAAAAGAGUGAAAAGAAGGAAGCCUGUACAGAAUAAACAUAUUCCAAAACAUGCAUCCUGUUUGCAACAAGGCACUAAAGUGAUACUGCAAAACAUUUGCCAAAAGCAAUUAACUUUUUGUCCUGAAUACAACGUUUUAUGUUUGGGGCAAAUCCAAUACAACACAUUACUGAGUACCACUCUCCAUAUUUUCAAGCAUGGUGGUGGCUGCAUCAUGUUAUGGGUAUGCUUGUCAUCGUUGAGGACUGGGGAGUUUUUCCAUGAUACAAAUAAACCAAUUGGAGCUAAGCACAGGCAAAAUCCUAGAGGAAAACCCAGUUCAGUCUGCUUUCCACCAGACACUGGGAGAUUAAUUCAUCUUUCAGCAGGACAAUAACCUAAAACACAAGGUGAUUCUAACAUGUAUUGACUCAGGGGUGUGAAUACUUAUGCAAAUUAGAUAUUUUUGUAUUUUCAUUUUCAAAAAAGUUACCAACAUUAUAUAAACAAUCUUUUUCACUUUGUCAUUAUGGGGUGUUGUGUGUAGAUGGGUGGGGGAAAAAAUGUCAUCCAUUUUGAAUUCAGGCUGUAACACAACAAAAUGUGGAACAAGUCAAGGGGUCUGAAUACUUUCUGAAGGCACCUACAAUACACACAUACAAUACACACAUCUACAUACACACAUCUAAAUACACACAUCUACAUACACACUUAAAUAAAGUUGUUAUUGUUAUUAUAAGUAUACCAUAGUAUUAUUGCUGUAUCUUCCAUCUGCAUAUUCUUUUUAUUUAUUUUUUUAUUUACCUUUAAUAGAACAUCAAACCUGAUUUAGAAAAGAGAAUAGAAAAAUGCAUUCAAAACACAAAGGAUAAAAGUCCCUAAAAUAUGCUGUAGAAUAUUUCCCCCCACAGCCGUCAUGCUGUAUUAAAUAUAGUAUCUGAAUGGGUUUUUUUUAGUCAACUGAGCAUGAAGGUCUUCUAUUCUGUGGCCCGGUAGAACAAUACGACCACAUUCUCUUUAGAACUCUUUGUGACUAUGAGCUGGUAAACGCAAGCUCAGCAAAAUAGUUCCAUACAUGGAUAAAUAGAACUCGUUGGGUUAACUCAUUAAAACAUUUUAUAUAUUAAGUUGAACUAAUUGGUCAUUUUUUAAAGUCUUCUCCAUUUGUAUUUGUAUUUAUUAAGGAUCCCCGUUAGUUUCUGCCAAGGCAGCAGUUACUGUUCCUGGGGUACAGCAACAUUAAAGACGGUUAUAUACAGUUACAAAUAUUACUUGACAUUACAUUUCAUAACACUUUACCCAAUACAUUUAGUGUGUUCCCUCAGGCCACUACUCCACUAUCGCAUAUUUACAAUACAACAUCCAUGUGUAGGUGUGUGUAGAGGGAGUGUCUUAUCGUGUGUGUGUGUGUGUGUAUUAUGUGUGUGUCUGUGCCUGUGUGUGUGUGUGUGUGUGUGUAUAAUAUGUUUGUUAUGUGUGUGUCUGUGCCUGUGUGUGUGUGUGUGUGUGUAUAAUAUGUUUGUUAUGUGUGUGUCUGUGCCUGUGUGUGUCUCUCUUCACAGUCCCCGCUGUACCAUAAAGUGUAUUUUUAUCUGUUUUUAAAAUCUGAUUUUACUGCUUGCAUCAGUUACCUGAUGUGGAAUAGAGUUCCAUGUAGUCAUGGCUCUAUGUAGUACUGUGCGCCUCCCAUAGUCUGUUCUGGACUUGGGGACUGUGAAGAGACCUCUUAAGCCAGGAGAGAUUGACAUGCAUAUUAUUCAUGUUGGCUCUCUGUGUACAUCCAAGGGCCAGCCGUGCUGCCCUGUUCUGAGCCAAUUGUAAAGUCCCUCUUUGUGGCACCUGACCACACGACUGAACAGUAGUCCAGGUGUGACAAAACUAGGGCCUGUAGGACCUGCCUUGAUGAUAGUGCUGUUAAGAAGGUAGAGCAGCGCUUUAUUAUGGACAGACUUCUCCCCAUCUUAGCUACUGUUGUAUCAAUACGUUUUGACCAUGACAGUUUACAAUCCAGGGUUACUCCAAGCUGUUUAGUCACCUCAACUUGCUCAAUUUCCACAUUAUUUAUUACAAGAUUUAGUUGAGGUUUAGGGUGUAGUGAAUGAUUUGUCCCAUUAAAAUUCCCACACUUCUCGUCCUAUUCUGGGUGAUACAAGUGAAGGUUCUCACAUGUAUUUCUGCAAAAUUCAGUGGAUUCAGUGGAGGCUGGUGUCACUUUAAAUCGGAGGGAUGUGUUUUAUACCGUUCCAUUGAUUCCAUCCCAGCCAUUACAACGGGUCCGUCCUCCCAUUUCUCCACCCACUAGCCACCACAGAUUGAGUUUGUAGCUUGCACACAGUCCACUUCCCAAAUAUCCUUGAGUAGCGUGAGCCGGGUCUCCAAUAAAUACCAAUACACACCACUUUAAUGUACUGUAGAUGUGUGGCCAGAGAUCUGACAUAAGCGCCGUCCCAAAUGGAACACUAUACCCUUCAUAGUGCACUACUUUAGACCAGGGCCGAUUGGGCUCUGGUCAAAAGUAGUUCUAUAUGUAGGGAAUAGAGUGGCAUUUGGGACGCAGGUUUCUAAAUGCUCUCGAUGGUUCUGACCUGUCCUUCUCAACUUGUGGUUUCUGUUAAUGCAUGUUAAACCUCGUUAUGUCUGACAGUCUGUCAACAAGCCCUAUCUGACGCAUAUUAAACCUCGUUAUGUCUGGCAGUCUGUCUGUCUAUCUGCAUAAGGCCUGUAUGUCUGUCUGGAUAAGGCCUGUCUGUCUGUCUCGAUAAGGCCUGUCUGACUGUCUGACUGUCUGUCUGGAUAAGGCAUGUCUGUCUGUCUGUCUCGAUAAGGCCUGUCUGUCUGUCUGUCUGUCUGUCUGUCUCGAUAAGGCCUGUCUGUCUGUCUGUCUGUCUGACUGUCUGUCUGUCUGGAUAAGGCAUGUCUUUCUGUCUGUCUCGAUAAGGCCUGUCUGUCUGUCUGUCUGUCUGUCUGUCUGUCUCGAUAAGGCCUGUCUGUCUGUCUGCCUGGAUAAGGCAUGUCUGUCUGUCUGGAUAAGGCAUGUCUGUCUGUCUUUCUGUCUGUCUGUCUGGAUAAGGCCUGUCUGUCUGUCUGUCUGUCUGUCUGGAUAAGGCCUGUCUGUCUGUAUGUUUGUCUGUCUGUCUGUCUGGAUAAGGCCUGUCUGUCUGGAUAAGGCAUGUCUGUCUGGAUAAGGCCUGUCUGUCUGUCUGUCUGUCUGUCUGGAUAAGGCCUGUCUGUCUGUCUGUCUGGAUAAGGUCUGUCUGUCUAUAUGGAUGAGGCCUGUCUACUGUCUGGAUAAAAGCCUACAGUAAGUGACGUAUUGAACAAGUGAUUGAGACAGGAUGUGAGAAAGGUGUGGGAUCUGAACGAGUGAUGGGGAGAAAGAGGUGUGGGAUCUGAACGAGUGAUGGGUGUGGGAUUUGAAAAGCAUAUUGUGUACACAUCCGGUCAGAAUGACGGUGGGCUGCUGACUGGUGUGGAUCCCAGCUGUACAGACAGACAGACAGACAGACAGACAGACAGACAGUAGCAGAAUGUGCAGGACAGGUGUUGAUGAUGUUCACAGCUGAACAUCUUGACCCAGAUUAACCCUACAUCUGGACUCAGAGUACCCCUACAUCUUGACCCAGAUUAACCCUACAUCUGGACUCAGAGUACCCCUACAUCUGGACCCAGAGUACCCCUACAUCUGGACUCAGAGUACCCCUACAUCUGGACCCAGAGUACCCCUACAUCUGGACUCAGAGUACCCCUACAUCUGGACUCAGAGUACCCCUACAUCUGGACCCAGAGUACCCCUACAUCUGGACUCAGAUUAACCCUACACCUGGACUAAAAAUGAUGGUCAAUGAAUAGGCUUCUGUGGAAUCUCCGGGAAACAGACCCUAAAUGAAUCCCAAUAGGAUCCUUAAUGUGUGUAGAGUUAUAAGCAUGUUGCGCGUCAGUUGUGUUCAGUUGCCUUUUCAAUAGGAUGGUCUCACCACCACUGCUGCUGCAAUAUUAGUACUCUCAUUUAACAGGAGAGGAAAAAUACAAAUGAAAGUUGUUGGCUCGACUUGGUGUUGUUGGCUUGACUUGGUGUUGUUGGCUCGACUUGGUGUUGGACGAUACUUUUUCUUUCCAUUUCUUUCACCCAUUUGUGAUGAACAGAGCUUCAGAACAAUAAAAUCUCCCAUCUAGUGGAAACAAAGCAUGCAUCCCAGAUGACACCCCUAUUCCCUACAUAGUGCCCUACUUUUGACCAGGACCCCUAUGUAGUGCACAGCAUAGAGAAUAAGGUGUCUGUUGAGACGUACCCAAGGAGUCUUGAUUACAUUAAGCUCUUCUACGGGAGCCAAGAGUUUAGACUGUGUUUCAUCUGAGUGAGCAUUUUCCGUAGCGUUGAUUAGCACUCUGCUUUUUAACUUGUUAACUUUAACGAGGCGAGGGCCAAGUUUAGGACGAAGUUUGGUUUUGCUUUUACUAACCUUUGACGGUGGUUGGGCACUUAUUCACAUCUCAGCAUUACACCCAAACAUUAGUUUGACAUUAGCCUCAUACCCAGGCUUCGCUCACGUUCCUUCAUUAGCCUCGUACUUAUAAAUGAAUGACAUGUACCCCAUUGAUUCUUGUAGAAUAUAACUUAUUAAUGCCUCAUGAGCUUAGUUCAACUGUCGUACCCCAUCAGAACCCAACAUAUAAGCUUGUUUUACUACAAUGUUUGUGAACGAACACUAUAUAGCCUCAAAACUAUCAUGUUGACACUGUAUUAUGGACGGUCAGUCCUUGCAACCGUAGCUCUGUCUAUGAAUUUGAGACUGGUUACAUUUCUCCAGCCCCGUCCAUCUGCUUUUUACCCAACCAGGGGCGGAGAAAACGCUUUGUUAUUGUUUCAACUGCUGAUUGCCCUUUAAAGGUUCUGAAAUCUGUAACUAAUUUCAAGGAAAAUGUGCAUUUCCCUUGAUGUUGUGGCAAGUCAGAUGGCUUGUCCUGAUGCUUCUGACUACACUUCAUAAAGUCUGUCCUCUAGCCUAGCAGUACUGGGCUGGACCAUUAGAGACAGGACCUGUCCUCUAUCCUAGCAGUACUGGGCUGGACCAUUAUAGACCAGACCUGUCCUCUAUCCUAGCAGUACUGGGCUGGACCAUUAGAGACCAGACCUGUCCUCUAUCCUAGCAGUACUGGGCUGGACCAUUAUAGACCAGACCUGUCCUCUAUCCUAGCAGUACUGGGCUGGGCUGGACCAUUAUAGACCAGACCUGUCCUCUAUCCUAGCAGUACUGGGCUGGACCAUUAUAGACCAGACCUGUCCUCUAUCCUAGCAGUACUGGGCUGGGCCAUUAUAGACCAGACCUGUCCUCUAUCCUAGCAGUACUGGCUGGGCUGGACCAUUAUAGACCAGACCUGUCCUCAUCCUAGCAGUACUGGGCUGGGCCAUUAUAGACCAGACCUGUCCUCUAUCCUAGCAGUACGGCUGGGCUGGACCAUUAGAGACCAGACCUGUCCUCUAUCCUAGAUAUGGCUGGCAUUAGAGACAGGACCUGUCCUCUAUCCUAGCAGUAUGGGCUGGACAUAGAGACAGACUGUCCUCAUCCUAGCACUUGGGUGGACAAUUAUAGACCAGACCUGUCCUCUAUCCAGCAAUACUGGCUGGACCUUAAGAGCCAGAUGCCUCAUCUAGCAGUACGGGGCAUUAUGACCAGACCGUCUCUAUCCUAGCAGACUGGCUGGCUGACCAUUAUAGACCCAACUGUCCUCUAUCCUAGCAGUACGGGCUGGGCUGACCAUUUAGACCAGACUGUCCUCUAUCCCAGCAGUACUGGCUUUGACAUAUAGACCAGACCUGUCCUCUACCUGCAGUACUGGCUGGACCAUUAAGACCAGACCUGUCCUCUAUCCUAGCAGUACGGCGGACAUAAAGACCAGACCUCCUCUAUCCUACAGUACUGGCGACCAUUAGAGACCAGACUGUCCUCAUCCUAGCAGUACUGGGCUGGGACACAUUAGACACCAGACUUCCUCUUCUAGGUACUGGUGACCCUUAGCCAGACCUGUCCUUAUCUAGCAGUAUCUGGCUGACCAUUCGGAACAGAACUGUCUCUCCUAGCAGUAUGGGCUGGACCAUUUGACCAGACUGUCUCUAUCCUGCAGUAUGGGUGACCAUUAUAGACGACUGUCCUCUAUCCUAGCAGUACUGGUGGACCAUUAUAGACAGACUUCCUCUAUCUAGCAGACUGGGUGGACCAUAUGACCGACCUGUCCCUAUCACAGUACUGGCUGGACCAUUUAGACAGACCUGUCCUAUCUAGCAUAGUCAUGAAAACUGGGCUCUAUCUCAUAUCUGACCAUUUUGAGACAGACUGGGUUCAAGUACUUUCAGAUAUUUUGAAUUUCAUUUUGGCAUUGAAUUGAGGAUGCCGGCGCAGUGGAACCAAUAGACUAGUUGGAAAAGUUCAAACCCCACCCAUAUGGCACUCCACGCAGGCUAAAGCAAGAUUUAGAGUACUAUUUGAACCCAGGUCUGUUAGAGACCUGCUGCUACCUCGAUCAACACACACGCACACACACACACACACACACACACACACACACACACACCAUUAGAGACCUGCUGCUACCUCGAUCAGCAGCUGUCCGGACAACAAUUACCCACAAUCCUCUUGGUGAACUUCCUGUCCUGUCUGAUCUAAGGUUUACCCCACCGGAUAUAAAGCUCAGUGUAUGUGUUUUAGUUUGUGUGUCAGUGUAGGUGAGUGCCAGGAUAGGGGAUGUGCUGUUCCCAAUGACUGUUCCAAUAGCUACUACAGUUAAAGCUGGUGUGGCCAUGUCCAUAAUAUCACAUACCUCAAUUCUAAACCAUUCCAUAUUUUAACUAAGUCAUGAAAAUGGGUAUUACUCAUCAUAACAUUUAUGAGCGUACUUUAUUUUUUUAUUUUUUUAUUUGAAAAUAAAAAACAGGAAUCCCCAAAACCAUUUUAAAAAGCCUCUUUUCCACACAGAGAAGGGCAUCUUUGUUGUGUGUUGUAUAUGCCUCUGGUGAGUCCUGCCAGAUAAACAAAGAUUACGACGGAACUAUUCAGUCCUUAGGGAAUAUAAACAUGUUUAGCCCAGUUCUAAAUUCACUGUUGCAUUGAGAGGGGGGAAAAAAAAACCUACGGUGUAUCCCAAAUAACACCCUAUUCCCUUUAUAGUGCACUACUUUUGACCAGAGUCAAUAGAGAAUAAGGUACCAUUUGGGACAGCUACUAUGUUUUCUUCUAAUGGCUUUUAGUCCAUUGUUUGGAUGGAGUUUAAUUCAUUUUAUUUUAAUGAGAAGUAUUUAAUACGGGGCUAGCCUGAUUUCAUUAAAGUGGGUGUGGAACCCCAUAUGUAACAUACAGCAUAUGUUUUGUAGACGGAAAACUCUUCUGAUUCCCACCAUGUAUUCAGCCAAACAGGCGGUGAUUUUUUUUUAACACAUAAUAAUUGAACGCACAUAAUGGUGCUGACGGUCUAGUCAAGGUGUUAGUCCUACUGUGUUAGUGGCAACGGUAGAUGCUCUGCACAUGGACCUUUUUCCUCUUCAGUGUGAAGCAUCAACAACUUGAUAAUCACAAAAUAAAGUGCUACCGAGGGGCCGGAAUCCAUCUCAGCACGGAAGAUCCGCGUUUAAAGGUCAUUUUCCGAUUGAGCCGACAUAUGCAACGUUUUAACCAUGAAUGCAGUCUCCGCAAAACGCUGGAACAUUGCCUUGAAAUUUAAAUUGCGCUACAGUGGUGUUAAAGGGUUAUUAGCUGCACAGUUCUCCGUUAAGAAGCAUCACAUACUUGAUCAUCAGAAUGAAUGUUAAAGAAAGGGAAGCAACCGUCCGUUGUAAAACACAGACGUUAUGAAGAGUAACUCUUUGGGCUGGUGGUUGGAGAGAAACCUUUCUGUCGCCUCUCACAGUUCUGUCUGUCUCGCUGUGUGUCCAGUGUGAUAGGUGCAGAUGCAGGGAACGGUAUCCGCGUGUUCCUCCCUGACAUAGGGAUGUUUCUAGCAGGGCUGGCCUGCUGGCUGCUGUGUCGUAGUCUGUUUCAGAAGAGACCGCUAGAGGACAUGGCCCAGGACAACACUGACUACGAACCGGAGGAAGAGGUGAGUGGAGGGAGACACACACAGACACACACACACACACAGACACACACACACACACACACACACACACACACACACACACACACAGACACACACACACACACACACACACACACAGACACACAGACACACACACACACACAGACACACAGACACACACACACACACACACACACACACACACACACACAGACACAGACACAGACACAGACACACACACACACACACACAGACACAGACACACACACACACACACACACACACACACACACACACACACACACAUGCUUGUACGUGUUGGCACAUGCACAGACUCAAACAUGCACUAACACGUACACGUUUGUUAAAAUGUACACCUUUUUUUUAUUUAUUCCAAUAAAAGGUUAUAUUUUUCUGUUAUAAAAUCUGUUUAUUUCCUUAUUUUCUUCAUCCAUCUUAACAACUUCACUAAGUUCAGGUUCAACAGGCAGAGGAAAGGAGGGGUGUUGAACAACAAGGACUCAAAUCAGGAGAAGGUCUGACCAAGAAAAACUUAGGAUUUUACUUAGGAACUUAGGAAACUCCCCUUAGGAUCCACAGUGUCUAAGGAGUACUGCCCCUUAGUAUCCACAGUGUCUAAGGAGUACUGCCCCUUAGGAUCCACAGGGUCUAAGGAGUACUGCCCCUUAGGAUCCACAGUGUCUAAGGAGUACUGCCCCUUAGGAUCCACAGUGUCUAAGGAGUACUGCCCCUUAGGAUCCACAGUGUCUAAGGAGUACUGCCCCUUAGGAUCCACAGUGUCUAAGGAGUACUGCCCCUUAGGAUCCACAGUGUCUAAGGAGUACUGCCCCUUAGGAUCCACAGUGUCUAAGGAGUACUGCCCCUGAGGAUCCACAGUGUCUAAGGAGUACUGCCCCUUAGUAUCCACAGUGUCUAAGGAGUACUGCCCCUUAGGAUCCACAGUGUCUAAGGAGUACUGCCCCUUAGGAUCCACAGUGUCUAAGGAGUACUGCCCCGUAGGAUCCACAGUGUCUAAGGAGUACUGCCCCUUAGGAUCCACAGUGUCUAAGGAGUACUGCCCCUUAGGAUCCACAGUGUCUAAGGAGUACUGCCCCUUAGUAUCCACAGUGUCUAAGGAGUACUGCCCCUUAGGAUCCACAGUGUCUAAGGAGUACUGCCCCUUAGGAUCCACAGUGUCUAAGGAGUACUGCCCCUUAGUAUCCACAGUGUCUAAGGAGUACUGCCCCUUAGGAUCCACAGUGAGGCACAGUGGGGCAGUACUCCUUAGACACUGUGGAUCCUAAGGGUCAGUACUCCUUAGACACUGUGGAUCCUAAGGGGCAGUACUCCUUAGACACUGUGGAUCCUAAGGGGCAGUACUCCUUAGACACUGUGGAUCCUAAGGGGCAGUACUCCUUAGACACUGUGGAUCCUAAGGGGCAGUACUCCUUAGACACUGUGGAUCCUAAGGGGCAGUACUCCUUAGACACUGUGGAUCCUAAGGGGCAGUACUCCUUAGACACUGUGGAUCCUAAGGGGCAGUACUCCUUAGUCACUGUGGAUCCUAAUGGGCUAAACAAAGAUGUUUGACUGUCCUCGUUUCUAUAAUGUUGUAGCAUUGAUGUUUUGGGUUUCUGUGUCUCCGGAUUAACAGACACCCAAAUAUCACCUAUGUAAAUAAAAUGUUGACAUGGCCUGUUGAUUAACGACACACACUAUUUCUCUUUUUAUUAGUAUUAUCUGGUUAUAUAUUGUUGUGUCUCAAUGGGCCACGAGGCUAGAAAUAGGGGCUAAGUGCAAUGGUCAGGUCACUCUGAGGAAGACAUCAAAACACCAGCCACCUGUUCACAUCCUGUAUAAUGGAUUACAGUGAGCGAAAAAAUAAAUAAAUCUCUUCUUUUUUUAUUGAGUGCUCCAACUCCUUUCUACCUCGAAUUAGUCCUUUUGGAAGUUUUUAUUGGUCAGACCUUCUCACAAUUACUUCACUAGUUUUAUUUUUACAUUUACAUCAUUUAGCAGACGCUCUUAUCCAGAGUGAUUUACAAAUUGGUGCAUUCAACUUAUGAUAGCCAGUGGGACAACCACUUUUAUUUUAUUUUAAUGGGGGGUGGGGGAAGAAGGAUUACUUUUAUACUAUUCCAGGUAUUCCUUAAAGAGGUAGGGUUUCAAGUGUCUCCGGAAGGUGGUCAGUGACUCCGCUGUCCUGGCGUCGUGAGGGAGCUUGUUCCACCAUUGGGGUGCCAGAGCAGCGAACAGUUUUGACUGGGCUGAGCGGGAACUGUGCUUCCGUAGAGGUAGGGGAGCUAGCAGGCAAGAGGUGGAUGAACGUAGUGCCCUCGUUUGGGUGUAGGGUCUGAUCAGAGCCUGAAGAUAAGGAGGUGCCGUUCCCCUCACAGCUCCGUAGGCAAGCACCAUGGUCUUGUAGUAGAUGCGAGCCUCAACUGGAAGCCAGUUGAGUGUGCGGAGGAGCGGGGUGACAUGAGAGAACUUGGGAAGGUUGAACACCAGACGGGCUGCAGCGUUCUGGAUAAGUUGUAGAGGUUUAAUGGCACAGGCAGGGAGCCCAGCCAACAGUGAGUUGCAGUAAUCCAGACGGGAGAUGACAAGUGCCUGGAUUAGGACCUGUGCCGCUUUCUGUGUAAGGUAGGGUCGUACUCUGCGAAUGUUGUAGAGCAUGAACCUGCAGGAUCGGGUCACCGCCUUGAUGUUAGCAGAGAACGACAGGGUGUUGUCCAGGGUCACGCCAAGGUUCUUUGCACUCUGUUAGGAGGACACAAUGGAGUUGUCAACUGUGAUGGCGAGAUCAUGGAGUGGGCAGUCCUUCCCAGGGAGGAAGAGCAGCUCCGUCUUGCCGAGGUUCAGCUUGAGGUGGUGAUCCGACAUCCACACUGAUAUGUCUGCCAGACAUGCAGAAAUGCGAUUCGCCACCUGGUUAUCAGAAGGGGGAAAGGAGAAAAUGAAUUGUGUCGUCUGCGUAGCAAUGAUAGGAGAGACCAUGUGAGGAUCUGACAGAGCCAAGUGACUUGGUGUAUAGAGAGAAUAGGAGAGGGCCUAGAACUGAGCCCUGGGGGACACCAGUGGUGAGAGCACGUGGUGCGGAGACAGAUUCUCGCCACGCCACCUGGUAGGAGCGACCUGUCAGGUAGGACGCAAUCCAAGAGUGAGCAGCGCCGGAGAUGCCCAACUCGGAGAGGGUGGAGAGGAGGAUCUGAUGGUUCACAGUAUCAAAGGCAGCGGAUAGGUCUAGAAGGAUAAGAGCAGAGGAGAGAGAGUUAGCUUUAGCAGUGCGGAGAGCCUCCGUGACACAGAGAAGAGCAGUCUCAGUUGAAUGACCAGUCUUGAAACCUGACUGGUUAGGAUCAAGAAGGUCAUUCUGAGAGAGAUAGCAGGAGAAUUGGCUAGAGACGGAACGCUCAAGAGUUUUGGAGAGAAAAGAAAGAAGGGAUACUGGUCUGUAGUUGUUGACAUCGGAGGGAUCGAGUGUAGUUUUUUUUUAGGAGGGGUGCAACUCUCGCUCUCUUGAAGACAGAAGGAACAUGGCCAGCGGUCAAGGAUGAGUUGAUGAGCGAGGUGAGGUGAGGUAAGGGAGAAGGUCUCCGGAAAUGGUCUGGAGAAGAGAGGAGGGGAUAGGGUCAAGCGGGCAGGUUGUUGGUUAAUGAAAUAUGUCAGCGCUGGAAAAUAAUGUUUUAAGACAUAUUUUAAGGGUUUAUUAAACUUAAUUAAAUAAAAGUAAAUAUCCACCAUGGACGUCUAAUUAGGGACCUAUUUCAGAGUUCAGAGGGUGUUUCCUUAACCUGAACAUUAUGAAGUAUCUGAAGUGUUUUUCCUUGAUGAAUAGUUUCUGGUUCAUCAUAUACUAUGGAUCAUAUGGCCAACCCUUAGAAGACUCCCACUCCUCUCUAUCUUUCUCCCACCCUCCCCCCCUCUGACUCUCCUUCCCAUCAGUACUGCCAGGCGUAGUGCCCCAGCUUCAAACUCUCCCAUGGUUCAUAAACACCGAUACUGAGAACAGAAUAUGAGUUUAGGAGAGAGAGUGUUCCCCAGGAGUGAUGAUAGAGUUUGAAGGCAGCCCCCCUGGCAUUAAGCCCCAUCCCUGGCAUCUGCCCACCUCUCGCUUUACGACUCUUAGUUCAUUAAAACCACAAACAGAGUGGCACAGAUGGUACUGUCACCCUCACACACAAGAUAAUGACACCUACUACUGCCAUAUAGAAAUAGAUUUGCUGACUGUAGUGUAGUAGACAAACAUCUUUGUAUUAUUUUUGUCCUCUCCUGGUGACAUCAGAUUCAGUCAUGUUUCAGAACCAUGGACAGCUCAUGUUUCAGAUCCGUGGACAGCUCAUGUUUCAGAACCAUGGACAGCUCAUGUUUCAGAACCAUGGACAGUUCAUGUUUCAGAUCCAUGGACAGCUCAUGUUUCAGAACCGUGGACAGCUCAUGUUUCAGAACCAUGGACAGCUCAUGUUUCAGAACCAUGGACAGCUCAUGUUUCAGAACCGUGGACAGCUCAUGUUUCAGAACCAUGGACAGCUCAUGUUUCAGAACCAUGGACAGCUCAGGUGACAAACCCACUGUACCACACUGUACCAUUAGCUCUCCAUUAGGACGGCUGGCCACCCCUUUCUUAGAAGACUGCAAGGUUGAAAAAAAGAACCUGUGUUCGGCGGUGUCUAGAACCAGGUUCUGAUUUUGAUAGGAACAACUAUGUAUCCAUUUUGGAUAUGGAAAGGUUGGCUUUAAAUGGUUUAAUCACUGUUUGUGAUCUAUGACUGUCUCCCCUCUCUACCAAGGAGGAAGAGGAGAAGUUGAGCCUUGAUGAGAACGUCCUGUUGGAUGAGGACUUUGAGGCUGGGUACGAGGCUGGAGAAGAAGAGGAGGAAGAGAUGGAGGAGGAAGAGGAAGAGGAGGAGGAGGAGAGCACCAAGAUGAAGAUUCUGCGUCACAUUGCGGGCGUGGCGUCCAAAGUGAAGGAGAUCAUUGGGAAUCUGAUAACCACCGCAGGAAAAGGGGUGGUUACUGUACUGUUAGGACUCACAGGUCAGUGUUUCUCAGUGAGAGAGAGGAAUCAACCCCUGAACCACUCUCAGUCGCUCAAUGUUUACGAACACUUCUUUUAUGACUGUUAUUUAUAUUUUUGAAUAUGACUAUAGAGUCGUUCCACCUCAAACAGCACAAGAUGAUUUCGACCCACCAUCAAUGGCAAAUUUCUCUGAACAGGGAAAACAACCCAUCACGAAAUUCCCUGAGAAUACACUACAUAGUAUGAAUAAACAAUGCUCCAAGCCGCAGCUUCAUACCACUUGUCAAACAGAGAACUGAUAUUGUAUACUGGCCGUUAAGAAGUGGUUUGGUCCAAAUCGGAUGUUGGGUAUUAUAUUUAAUGAAUAUUAUGUGAAUCCUAUUCAUUGUAAUGGGCAAUUUGGGUGCAAUUAAUUAGCUUCAUUUCUCAGAGUUCAAAUAACCUUUCAACAAAGUAAUGUUUCAGGAAUGUCAAUCUUAUCUGUUUCUAACUACAGAAACGAUUUCAGAAAAAUCUGACAUGGUGGAUGUCAUGGCUUGCUGAAAUGGAAUGGAACGACCCAAACCAACAGAUGUUCUUGAUCAGGUCAUGUUGUCAGGAAAAACUCCCGGCCCUAUCCAAUACAGUAUACUUCAAUGCUGCCAUCUCAACCACAGUGUAGCCUACUGUAUAAACAUCUAUGUAUCUGCUUCUAAGUGUGUCUUGUCCACAUUCAGGUGUAAUACUGCCCUCGCUGACAUCGGCUGCCUAUUUUUUUUGUCUUCCUAUAGAUCUUUAAAUAUCAGCGUUUCUCUAUAGUAUCCGUUUGCAUCUAUAUGUGUCUGUCUGCAUAUUGUUCUGUUUCCACCAGGUAUCAUGCUGCCCUCCCUGACACAUUAUAAGUGUAUCUGUGUAUUUGAAGGUAUCAUGCUGCCCUCCCUGAUGCAUUAUAAGUGUAUCUGUGUAUUUUAAAGGUAUCAUGCUGCCCUCCCUGACGUCGGCAGUCUACUUUUUCGUGUUCCUGUUCCUGUGUACGUGGUGGUCGUUCUGCCGGACCUUCGACACCCUCAUCUUCAGCUGUAUGUGUGUCCUCAUGGCCAUAUUCAGCGCUGGACACCUGGUCGUCCUCUACCUCUACCAGUUCCAGUUCUUCCAAGAGAGCAUCCCUUCAGAGGACAGCUACAUCAGGUUAGAUACAGAUUCUUUCUUUCUUUCUUUCUUUCUCAGGCUGCCGUGGUUUUAACUCUGUUUGAUGACAGAUAUGUUAGUUACCCUGGCUACUAUGGCUGCUGGGGGUUUACUAUAAAGCUCAACUCCAGUUAACGGUGUGCAUUCAGUAAAUCUGCAGUUUCAUAGUAAAUAUGAACUUUUACAAUUACUAAAUAUAUACAGUAUCGCCACACCCAAGCAGAAGCCAAAUCCACUUGUAUCAAUCUACCAGGCUUCUAAACGUAGUGUAUCCUUGUUCCUCAAUAUUAACUGUCUGUAACAGAUGUUGUCAUUAUAUUUUAUGUAUGAGAAGGGAUUGGUAGGGAGACCAUUAGUUGUUUGUGGCAGGUUGUGGAUAAGUGGGAAGGCAAAAUUCCUAAUCGACCCUUAACCAUCAACCCCCCUAGACAGUCUUUUAGAUCUGAAACAACUGGAUCAGUGUGAGCAUGAUAGUAAACUCCACCCAGCCUGCCACGAUUGCACAAGCUACUCAUCAGUGUUGCCCUUGUCGCUAUUAUAUCAUAAAUACUUAUUUAGACAAUGUAUUUUAGCAGUGUUGCCCUUGCCACUGUGUCCCUGGCCCAGAUAGCCUUGGUGUUUCUGGAGAGUAUUGAUUCUAAUGUCUCUAAUCUGCUGGCCUUACAUCACAGCAGUGUGUCAGGUCCAAUGCCAUUAUGGCUAUCUAUAGCAUUAGCAUCACCUUAUAUAGAAACUAUCACCUUGUGUACCAUUAGCAUCACCUUAUAUAGCAACUAUCACCUUGUGUACCAUUAGCAUCACCUUAUAUAGCAACUAUCACAUUGUGUACCAUUAGCAUCACCUUAUAUAGCAACUAUCACCUUGUGUAGCAUUAGCAUCACCUUAUAUAGCAACUAUCACCUUGUGUACCAUUAGCAUCACCUUAUAUAGCAACUAUCACCUUGUGUACCAUUAGCAUCACCUUAUAUAGCGACUAACACCUUGUGUACCAUUUGCAUCACCUUAUAUAGCGACUAUCACCUUGUGUACCAUUAGCAUCACCUUAUAUAGCGACUAUCACCUUGUGUACCCUUAGCAUCACCUUAUAUAGCGACUAUCACCUUGUGUACCCUUAGCAUCACCUUAUAUAGCGACUAUCACCUUGUGUACCAUUAGCAUCACCUUAUAUAGCAACUAUCACCUUGUGUACCAUUAGCAUCACCUUAUAUAGCAACUAUCACCUUGUGUACCAUUAGCAUCACCUUAUAUAGCAACUAUCACCUUGUGUACCAUUAGCAUCACAGCAUUUUUUUGGGGGGGGGGGGGGGGGUGGGGUGGGGUAAGGGGGGGGUUAGAAGGAUUACUUUAUCCUAUCCCAGGUGUUCCUUAAAGAGGUGGGGUUUCAAAUGUCUCCGGAAGGUGGUGAGUGACUCCGCUGUCCUGGCGUCGUGAGGGAGCUUGUUCCACCAUUGGGGUGCCAGAGCAGCGAACAGUUUUGACUGGGCUGAGCGGGAACUGUGCUUCAGCAGAGGUAGGGGAGCCAGCAGGCCAGAGGUGGAUGAACGCAAUGCCCUUGUUUGGGUGUAGGGACUGAUCAGAGCCUGAAGGUACGGAGGUGCCGUUCCCCUCACAGCUCCGUAGGCAAGCACCAUGGUCUUGUAGCAGAUGCGAGCUUCAACUGGAAGCCAGUGUAGUGUGCGGAGGAGCGGGGUGACGUGAGAGAACUUGGGAAGGUUGAACACCAGACGGGCUGCGGCAUUCUGGAUGAGUUGUAGGGGUUUAAUGGCACAGGCAGGGAGCCCAGCCAACAGCGAGUUGCAGUAAUCCAGACGGGAGAUGACAAGUGCCGGGAUUAGGACCUGUGCCGCUUCCUGUGUAAGGCAGGGUCGUACACUCCGAAUGUUGUAGAGCAUGAACCUACAGGAUCGGGUCACCGCCUUGAUGUUAGCGGAGAACGACAGGGUGUUGUCCAGGGUCACGCCAAGGCUCUUCGCACUCUGGGAGGAGGACACAACGGAGUUGUCAACCGUGAUGGCGAAGAUCAUGGAACGGGCAGUCCUUGCCCGGGAGGAAGAGCAGCUCCGUCUUGCCAAGGAUCAGCUUGAGGUGGUGAUCCGUCAUCCAUACUGAUAUGUCUGCCAGACAUGCAGAGAUGCGAUUCGCUACCUGGUUAUCAGAAGGGGGAAAGGAGAAGAUUAGUUGUGUGUUGUCUGCGUAGCAAUGAUAGGAGAGGCCAUGUGAGGAUAUGACAGAGCCAAGUGACUUGGUGUAUAGCGAGAAUAGGAGAGGGCCUAGAACUGAGCCCUGGGGGACACCAGUGGUGAGAGCACGUGGUGCGGAGACAGCUUCUCGCCACGCCACUUGGUAGGAGCGACCGGUCAGGUAGGACGCAAUCCAAGAGUGAGCCGCGCCGGAGAUGCCCAGCUCGGAGAGGGUGGAGAGGAGGAUCUGAUGGUUCACAGUAUCAAAGGCAGCAGACAGGUCUAGAAGGACAAGAGCAGAGGAGAGAGAGUUAGCUUUAGCAGUGCAGAGAGCCUCCGUGACACAGAGAAGAGCAGUCUCAGUUGAAUGACCAGUCUUGAAACCUGACUGGUUUGGAUCAAGAAGGUCAUUCUGAGAGAGAUAGCAAGAGAGUUGGCUAAAGACGGCACGCUCAAUAGUUUUGGAGAGAAAAGAAAGAAGGGAUACUGGUCUGUAGUUGUUGACAUCAGAGGGAUCGAGUGUUGGUUUUUUGAGAAGGGGUGCAACUCUCGCUCUCUUGAAGACGGAAGGGACAUAGCCAGCGGUCAAGGAUGAGUUGAUCAGCGAGGUGAGGUAAGGGAGAAGGUCACCGGAGAUGGUCUGGAGAAGAGAGACUAUCACCUUGUGUACCAUUAGCAUCACCUUAUAUAGCAACUAUCACCUUGUGUACCAUUAGCAUCACCUUAUAUAGCGACUAUCACCUUGUGUACCAUUAGCAUCACCUUAUAUAGCAACUAUCACCUUGUGUACCAUUAGCAUCACCUUAUAUAGCAACUAUCACCUUGUGUACCAUUAGCAUCACCUUAUAUAGCAACUAUCACCUUGUGCACCAUUAGCAUCACCUUAUAUAGCAACUAUCACCUUGUGUACCAUUAGCAUCACCUUAUAUAGCAACUAUCACCUUGUGUACCAUUAGCAUCACCUUAUAUAGCAACUAUCACCUUGUAUACCAUUAGCAUCACCUUAUAUAGCAACUAUCACCUUGUGUACCAUUAGCAUCACCUUACAUAACGACUAUCACCUUGUGUAGCAUUAGCAUCACCUUAUAUAGCAACUAUCACCUUGUGUACCAUUAGCAUCACCUUAAAUAGCAACUAUCACCUUGUGUACCAUUAGCAUCACCUUACAUAACGACUAUCACCUUGUGUACCAUUAGCAUCACCUUAAAUAGCAACUAUCACCUUGUGUACCAUUAGCAUCACCUUACAUAACGACUAUCACCUUGUGUACCAUUAGCAUCACCUUACAUAACGACUAUCACCUUGAUGGUCCUCCAUUUCCUUCCUUUCACUUUGCACAAGGAGGGAGUGGAGACGCUCUGUGUAUUGAUAUGCUGCCUUCUGAAAGACAAACUCAUUGAAAUUACUUGCUUUCGUCCACACAAGUUCACCUUUGAUGACGGCUGUUCUUGCUGUAUAACAAAUAAGAGUAGGAUGAGUAGUGUGUCACGGAUUCAGCCGAGGCUGCUCCUCCUCCUUGCUCGGGCAGGCUUCGGCGUUCGUCGUCACCGGAGUACUAGCUGCCACCGAUCGAUGUUUCUGUGUUCUACUUGUUUUGUCUAUAUUGCCCACACCUGGUUCCAAUUACGAUAAUUUGUUUCCCUAUUUUUCCCUCUGGUUCCCUCAUGGUGUUGUGCGUGAUUGUUCGUUGUUUUGUUGUCAUUGACAUGUGAGUCGGUAUAUAUGUUAAUUUACUUGUGACAAGUAAAGUACGUCGUUGACUAAGUUCUGUGUCCUGCGCCUGACCCCGUCCUACCGCUACACACUGACGCAUGACAUGGUAAUGGUGAGAGGUUAGCAUGUCUUGGGGGUAUGAUCUUUGACCCUCUGUAACUUUCUCACUCAUCAUUAUUCACGAUUCAUUCAGGACUAUCCGUAAUCAUGGUAGCAUCCACAUUAAUGUAGAAGUGUUUAGAAACAUAUUAUAUUCUGAUUUACACACUGACGCAUGACAUAGCCUGUGUCACGAACGUUGAGAGACGGGUCAGACCAAGGUGCAGCGUGAAAAGCGUACAUGUUUAUUAAACUCAAUAAACAUAAACAAAACAAGAACCAACGUGACGUCCUCCGGCUAAACACAUACGAGCCUAACACGGAACAAGAUCCCACAACUAAGGUAGGCAAACAGGCUACUUAAGUAUGAUCCCCAAUCAGAGACAACGAGCGACAGCUGCCUCUGAUUGGGAAUCACACCCGGCCAAACCUAGAAAUACACAUCUAGAUCCUAAACAUAGAAAUUCUAACAUAGAUCCUCACUCCCUGAUCAAACCAACUAUAGACAACAGGCCUCUCAAGGCCAGGGCGUGACAGUAUUAUCCAUGCAAACCUCACAGUGAUCACUUCUAUUGAGUUAACUGGUACCUUGGUGACCCAGGCAGUGGAACACAACGUGUAUAAUAAUGUAUAACGGUGGAUUACAUAGUCAACAUCAGGUUAUGGAAUCAUUCAAAACUUUUCUGAUGAGUAUUUGUAGGUGUGACAGCCUGUCACAUCAUAGCUCUUUGACUCACAGAAUGAGAUAAAGACAGCUAAAUGUAAUUUCUCACUUUGUCGUAAAGUAUUUUAACGAAGCAUCUAAUAGUUAGUCAACGGCUAAAGAUACACAAGGCCACUUCUAUGUUAAUUUAAACAGAUCGUCUUUCUGUCAUGUUAAUUUUCCCCUAUUAGCUCUUGUUGACUUUCCACAGCCUCUGAGGUAAUGUCAGUCUCUCCGAUGUCAUCUAGCGUUAGUGAUGCAUUAAAAACCUUGGCCCCAAUGAGUUGAUAACAGAGCCCUAGUACCUAUGAAUGCAUCCCGAAUGACACCCUAUUCCCUAUAUAGUGCACAACUAAAAAGUAGUGCACCAUAUAGGGAAUAGGGGGUGCCAUUUUGGGACGCACCCUAUGCCCUCUUCCACAGUAUAGUUUCCUACACUACACUACAGUAGCCCUAGCCCUCAGUGUCCUAGCCUACCAGGGAAACUCACCCCACUCCCUAAAUACGUGUUGUGCCGACCUGGGUUCAAAUACUAUUUGAAAUCUUUCAAAUACUUUUAGGUGUGCUCUAGCCUUCAUGGAGUUACCAUAUGGGCGUGGUUUUGAUUCUGUGGGAUCCAUUGAGCAAGGCGAGGUGAAUCAAGCCCAUCUAAAGUAUUCAAAAAAGAUUUUGAAUAGUAUUUGAACCCAGGUCUGGUAUAACGUUUUUGUUGUCCCUAUGGUACAAUAGGCUAGCUCUCCGGCUCCUAUGGGAGUCCUAAUUUUUGUUUGUUGACAGAGGCCUGGCCUUGCUGCCGGGCUGGCUGUGUGGCGGUGCUAAGUGAGGGUGGUGACAGACUUAGCUUCCUGCCUCCUCAGCUUACAAUAGACCAAUCUGGCUACAGAUCUGGGAUCUGCUUUACCUCCCCCAAUCCUUACCUUAACCAUUAGUGGGGAAAUGCAAAACUGACCUUAGAACAGUGUCUAAGGGGAAACUUCGCCCUACUCCACAAUAGACCAAUCCCCUUUCUCUUGAUUCCCUCUCACGUUUCCCUGGAGUGAGCACUGGUGCGGAUUGGUGUGAGGGGAUACGGUGGAAAUGAAUGCUUAGUUACACACCAAUCCCCAUUGUUUUCAGAUCGUUGAUCAGGGAGACGGUGGAGGAAGGGAAUGGGACACUCAGGUCAUGUGACCUGCUAUUUUCCAGCUGCAGGAAGAGAGUGAACAGCAAGUAG